CGUACUACACACACAAACCCUAGAACCGCAUCAACACUCUUCCUUCCUCCUCCAACUAGCACCACAUCAAGCUAGCUAGAGCAGCCAUGGAGGCGUCCAGAACUCAGAAGCAACUCGCCUUCCUCCUCAUCCUGCUGCUCUCCACCGCCGCAGCAGCUGCAUCGGCGCCGGCAGCCACGGUCGCCUGCGACUGCGACAAGCCGUCGCACUCCCACCCGCCCAAGACCAAGCCCUCCUUCCCCUCCCCCAAGACGGGCCCCACCAAGCCCGCUCCCAAACCCAAGCCCAAGGGCCCAUCCUACCCCUCGCCGUCGCCGGCCAUCCGCCCGCCCAAGCCCAAGACCCCAGCUCCGGUCGUCGUCGGCCCACCCAAAGGCCGGCCCGUCCCUCGCCCCCCGGUCUACAGCCCACCCAAGGGCCCAAUCACCGUCCCACCUGUGGUCGGCCCGCCCAAGGGCCCUGUCGUCAGCCCUCCCGUCGUCUACCCUUCACCGCCGGUGACCGCCCCUCCAGUCACCUACCCUUCACCACCAAUCACCGCCCCACCAAUAACCUACCCUUCCCCGCCGGUGACCGCACCACCAGUGACCUACCCGACCCCGCCGGCGGUGACCACACCCUGCCCGCCACCUCCGCCGACACCGGCGACGCUGACGUGUCCGGUGGACUCGCUGAAGAUCGGGGCGUGCGUGGACCUGCUGGGCGGGCUGGUGCACGUGGGCCUGGGUGACCCGGCGGUGAACACGUGCUGCCCGCUGCUGGCGGGGCUGGUGGAGCUGGAGGCCGCCGUGUGUCUCUGCACCACCAUCCGGCUCAAGCUGCUCAACAUCAACCUCUACCUGCCGCUCGCGCUCCAGCUGCUGCUUACCUGCGGCAAGACUCCCCCGCCUGGGUACACAUGCUCCGUCUAAAGCUGUCAGUGAGAUCGAGGAGUUCCAAGAGUUCUGGAAAGAUUGAUGAUCGACACGAGAGGGAUGUCGAUCCAUCCAUUAGACCUACGGACUACGUAGCUUGCAAGAAGAAGAGAAGAAGAAGAAGAGGCCGAUGAGCUAAAGCAUGCAUCGACAUGGGUGUUUGUUUUGUUUUAGUUUUCCGGUGUUUGGUUUGGUUGUUAUUGGCUGCUUGGUUAAGUAUUUGUCUGUGCGUGCGAGUGUGAGUGUGUUGAUUAAUCAAUUGUUUGGUGACCAAGGCCAGUUGAUUGAUUAAGGAAAACAACAGCAUGCAGUAUGAUUGCAUGCAUAUUGAAUAA